AUGUUUCGAGAAUUCUCCAGUCCCAAUUAUCAUCCUAACCAACCUCAAUAGAAUCCAUUUAAGACUGCUGGGAUGUAAAGCAUAGACUUCUAUGGAAACAUUGGAUAUCCAAAACCAGAUUACCCAGUUUUGAUGCAAUAAUAAUACUAUGAUAAUUAUCAAUACAACAAAAUGUUCUCAUCAUAAGUGUUUACUCCUCAUGUGCAGCCUAUAUUUAUUGCAGGUCCAAUAUAUAAGAAUUCGCCUGUUUUUUAGGGUCCUCAGUAUUUAAGUUAGAGUCUAUUCUAACCAGUCCAAAAGAACAGGUUUUAUAAUUAUAAUUAACCAGAUGAGAUUAUUGAGGAUCACAAUGGUUUGAAUUUGCAAUCAAAACAACAAUUGGAAGAAAAUAUCAAGAUAAGGAAUGAAAUAAUAAAUUAAUGGAAUUUUGAAGAAGAAUAGAGAUAAAAAGAAUCACAACAAUCAAGUGAAUACGAAUAUGUUUAAGAAACACAACAUAAAAGACCUAGUUACAGUGAUAAAGAGAAACAUCAUAAAAGAAAACAUUAAUAAAAUUAAUAACAUUAAUACCAGUAUUAGGAAGAAGGAAAACAACUUAUUGAAAAAAAGCAUUCCUAAAAGUAAAGUUCUCAUUCCUUAAAGUCUUUAGAUGGAGAAAAACAAAGGCAAACUUAAAAUCUCCCCUCAAUCUAAGAAGAAGUAGAAUAACCAAUAACCAUUUUUAAUAAAAAACCUGAAUUCCAACAAACCGUCUCUACUAAGAAACCAGAAUAGCAAUAAACCAAAGUGAAUAAAAAACCUGAGAUGCAACAAUCAAAAUCAAGGAAAAGAGGAAAGAGGAACUUGAAAAUCUUGUUGAAGGCUUUGACAUUUAUUCUCAUGUAUUUCUUAGAGAUGAAGAGAUAAAUUUUGAAAAGGAAAAAGCUCUAGGCUAACAAAGAGAACGGUUUAGAAAUAGUUAAUUAAGCUAUGGAGGAAGGGGCUGAUUGGAUACUUAAUUUUGCUGAAAAUGAUUUAAACUAAUUUUGGAGCAAAAAAGAGUCAUUAAAUUGGUUGGAAAACGAUUAACUAUCUGAUAAGGAAAAGACGAACAGGAUUACUAAAGUCAAAUUGUUUAUUUAAAAGAUUUCCAUUAUUUUAUCUGAUAAUAUGAAAGAAUCCAGUUUUAAACCAGAGUUUUUAUCAUUCCUUGCCUAACUUACUUAAAACUUUUAAUUCCCUCCAGAUUAAUAUUUUUUUAACUUUGAAGUUUAAAGAUUAGAAUUCAAUUCUUUCGGAGCCAUUAAGAAUAUCAAGAAUCCAUAAUAAAAAAUGGUCCUGGCAUUUUUCAUUAUGAUUAGAUUGUUGGGAUUCACAAUAUUAUAUGCACCAUGGACUUUGGGAGUGAGCAAUAUCAGCAAAAGUUCAAUUUUAGAAUCUAAUUCUUUAAUCAUUGUCUCUGUGCUAUAAGAAUUAGUAGUUGGAGAGUUUAGAGAAAUAAAGAUAUUGGAGAAUAACUAGAAUCACUUGAGUAAUGAUUUGAAAAUUAAUCCUCGACCUCAAGGUCCUCUUAAAAUAAUACCUGACCCAAAGACUACACAGGAAAAAACCUUUUUGAAAACUACACUUGAGCCUUUAAUUUAUCCAACAUAUAAACGAGAAGAAAUGAAGGAUUUAUUUGAAAAAUAAAUUGAAUGGGUAGACAAUACCAUGUCUACAUUUGAUCAAAUAUAUACACAAUUAGUAAAAAUGACAAACUCCUGGCAUAAAAAUAAUAAGGUUUCUAUUACAGCCGGUUUGAAAUUGAAAAAGAAAUAAAGAUAUUGA